CAGCUUUUUAUUACUUCAUUGCGAAUGCGACAUUCUCAUUCUUUAUUUUUUACAUCCUCAUUCAUCGCUCUACUUUUUCUUUCCUCAUUCUUAGACCUCUAUUGUUAUCGUUCUUGUUAUUAAAACAAUUUUACUUCUCUUCACUUCAAACUGACCAUGCACUACUCGACGUUCUUCUGGGCACCAACUCUUUUCGGCCCAUUUCUUCUCUUCCUAACUCUCACCACUUUUGUCUCUGCUCAAUCUGACAAUUGUCAUUCUUGUAUUCUCAAAGCCGCUCCUUCUCUCAGUAGUUGUUCUUCACUCAACCCUACUCAACUCGCCACACUCGAGAAAGUCAUUCUUGGUCAGAAGGUCUUUGACUCUGUUGAAUUAUACAAGACAACCGAUGGUACUGGGUUCAAUUGUCUGACUCAGCUGAUGUGGGACGUGGUUGAAUACAAGGGUCAACUCUGGAGACAAUGCUUUGACCCUACAAAGGCCUGUUCUUGGGUUGAAAUGAUGCAAUGGUUGGAAAUGAUCCCCAGGAUCGCUGCUGUCUAUGGUUCUCCUAAUCCUCCUGCUCAAGUUCUUAAGGAUGGUCCUGCAUGAAAAUCUGUAAUUUAUUUGCAACGUUAAUAAACGUCAGAUGUAUCAAAUACGCG